CCUCCUAAAUCCGACACAUUGGACCUUUAAAGUCUGAUCUGACUUGGAUAAGAAAUCUACAAAGAGGAGCUAAAAUUUGUGUAAUGGUCUCAUUUUUAUUUAAAAUUUUAGCUGCAGCAUUAUAAAGCAUUUGAAGACUGUAAGUAACACAUGGCAUGCCUGAUUCUAAAAACAAAACAUUGUAAUGCUAUUUAUUUCCCACAAUCAAUUCAUAUGAUUUAGUUGCAUUGGUAAUACUACAGACAGAGACGACAGACUUGAAAUAGCUUUAUGUAAUUGCUGUGCAUCCUUUUUAAAUCCUCUCAUAAAAUGUAGGGCAAACAGGUGAAGGCUGCUAACUUGUCCUCAGCCAGUCUGCCACACAGGAGGCAGAGGAUGAUGUGAUUUAGGAUUUUAAUCCGGAAAAAAAAAGUAAUGGGAAGCAUGAUGAUUAUGACUAGAGCUAAAUUCUGCUCUUUGUUGUUUCUAUGAUUGUGCCCCUCGUAUAUGGUUGAGUAUAUUCAUUAAAAAAAAAGACUGCUGCAGGGUUUAAGGAAAGUGAAAAAUGUGGCUUCCUCUGGCGUGGAAGACAUACAGAUAUCUAUGUGGUGAAGUGUCUUUGACAUUACGUGAUAUUGAGUGACCUCAGGCUGACAAAUUAUGUAAUUUAAAGUUGCAUGCUACCAAUAUGAUUUCCCUUUUUGGUCUGGUGUCAUAUUUACACAGUGGAGUAGCUCUGAAAUUUAUUGCAGGAUUACUAUAGCUGCUUCACAUAAUGGAGCUGCUCCAUCUUCCAGAACAGGGCAGGAAAUCUUCAUGUAAACAUGGCAACCAUCCACUGCGAACUGAGUCACAUCAGCCAGCAGAAUGAAGCGAAACACGAGGAAGAGUUGAAACGUGACGGAGGAAUCACCAGAGCGGCACAAAAAAGGGAUAGUGUCUAGUUGGAAGAGAGAGAGAGGGUGAGUGAGAGGCUAUGUGCAGGAGUGGACGAAGGAGCCCCUGAUGUGUGAAACGCCAGAGGUUGCUUUUUUGGUUCACUGGUUGAGAGGCAGCUCAAUAAUGUAAUGGGAAAGUUCUGAAUCACAAAACUUUAAAGAAAACUUGUGAACCCCAUAUUUGGCAGUUUUCUAAUGAAAUGCACGCUUAUUGAACUUUAGUUUUGGAGGCAAGCAUCACUGACCAUUAUUUGGCUGCCAGCUGCGCACACGCAUUAUCAUGGGAAUCAUAGGUGGGACAUGUAGCCGCGCACACAGAGACUAAAUCUAUUAUUUUCCCGGACGGUCAGCGCAGCAUUCCGCUUGACUGAUGGCGAUGGCCUUGGAGGCAGACAGCGACAGAGGUUCAUCAAGAAACGCUCAUGAAAAAUAUCCCCGGGCAGCGUUGGAGCGCAACGGCUACGUGAAGACAUGUGUCACCCCGUUGCACCAGGACGCAGGGAGCCAGUCGUGGCUGAGACUCGCCGUGACAUGGACUUGCCGAGGAGUGUCGUCUGCGGUCUGCGUUGCCUCCGUCUCCGUUAUUCUCGCUCUGCUGCUCAGAUUGGUCGACUGGGAUGCAUGCAGCAACAGCAGCAGCAGCAGCAACGGAAAUAGCAGCGGCUCUCGUCUUCAUUUCGCGGCGGGCUGCGCUUUGGAGUUGCUUUUGACUGCGUGCUAUUGCGUCUCCCCCGUUUUCACUCUUAUAUGUGCCUUCUUCUGGGUCGGACUGUAUCUGAUUCGCUGCGGGGUGCUCAUCCGCACCACUGUUUUUCUGUUAACGCUGUGCCAUUUGGGCGAAGCCGCGGCGCAGUCCCUCCUCCUGCGCGGCGCCGAGGAGCAGCUGCUGUCCCUCCCCGCGACCCUGGUAGUCCUCGGCUGCCUGGGCAGCGGGGCUCUGCUGGUCGUCCGGCUUCGUCAGGGAGUGUCCGUCCUCGUCUUCAUUAGCGUCAUCAGGGCCGUCUCCCUCGUCUCUCUGAACAGAGUCCGGGCCAGCUGGAGACCCUACCUGGCCUACCUGCUGGGGCUGCUGGGGGUUUUGCUUGCGAGGUAUGCUGACCGGCUCCUGCCGGCCUCAGGGACCAGCGGGACGGGGUGCUGUGGCUCUGUGACCGGGGCGAAGGAGGAGGACAUCCCUGUCUUCAAAAGGAGACGGCGGUCCAGCUCCAUAGCGGCCUCGGAAAUGAUGGCUCACAGUCAGAGCAACAGCAAGUCCCACCGCAGGACUUCGCUGCCUUGCAUUCCGCGGGACCAGUCUUCGGGCACCAGUGUGGUAGUUGACAUUGCGGUGAUGGGUGAGGCACACGGUCUGAUCUCAGACCUGCUGGCAGACCCCUCACUGCCCCCUAACACCUGCAGCUCUCUGAAGGCUGUCAGCAACCUCCUCAGCACCCAGAUCAGCCUCCAGCCGCUCCACCGGCCUCGGGUCCCUGCAGACACACACACCUGCUCUGACUCGGAGGAGGGGCCUGACAAAGCUGAGAGACUGGCUAUUCCAAAGCGUCUACGGCGAAGUCUGCCCCCAGGAUUGCUUCGGAGAAUCUCGUCAACUUGGACCACGACGACCUCAGCUACGGGUCUGCCUACCAUUGAGCCGGGUCCUGUACGCAGAGACCGCUCAGCCAGCAUCAAACACACCACAGACAGUGAAUCAUGGAACAACUCGGUGAUGAUGACCAUCUCAAAGAGUCGCUCCAUGUCUGCCUCCUAUGCUGCCCCCAUCACUUCCAACCACAUCUACAGCAAACCACUGGGAAGACAAGGUUUCCCCACCUCCAACGUGUCACCUCUAGGCUCCCCGUGCCCAUCCCCUCCUGUGCAUGGCACGCCCGUCUCCAGCCCGACCAUCAAGACAUGUUUAGUGCAGCUUCCUGAGCCAGCUGGGCCCCUGACAGAGCGGACCCCUGACUCUGUGGCCCCCAAGAGCCACCACAGAGCCUUAACUCACAGCCAGAGCGCCCCGAGCUCCACCACCCCUCACUGGCGGCCUCCAUCACUCUGCAGCAGCUGCGGCCGGCCGUUCAACAGUCGACUAAACCACGCGGUAGAAUCUGUCGACAAAAUGGACAGAAUACCCCAUCCAGAUGAGCGUGUUGUAGCUUCUUCAGACUAUGACAGCACCUACGACAGCACCUACGAGACCAACCACAGUGACAGCAGUGACUUUGCACAGAAUGAAGAGGAGGGAGAGGGAGGCAAGAAGCUGCCUGAAGGAAGGGAAGGCUGCAGGGCGUAUCUGUCAGAGGGCAUUGUUCUGCACCCGCUCCUGCCAUCACCAGAGGACAAGCCAGCAUUGUCUGAGGACCCUGUGGCGAUGUCAGCGCUGGAGCCUCUGAUGGGUCAGCUCAACAACUGGAACUUUCCCAUUUUCAGUUUGGUGGAGAAGACUAACGGCAAGACAGGCUGCAUCCUCAGUGAGGUUUCCUAUAAGCUCUUUGAGGACACAGGUCUAUUUGAGACCUUCAGAAUCCCUGUUAAAGAGUUCAUGAACUACUUCCAUGCUUUGGAGAAUGGAUACAGGGUCAUCCCUUAUCACAACCGGAUCCAUGCCACUGAUGUGCUUCAUGCUGUUUGGUACCUCACCACUCAGCCUGUGCCAGGCCUGCCCACCCUGCUGACUGAGAAUGGGAUACACGCUGACUCAGAGAAUGGCAUCACACCUGGUGCCACAAGCUUCCUGGUGUCCAAGAUGAACUCUGUGCUGGAGGAUGGCUAUGGCUCCCUGGCUGGCCUCAUCCCUGGCCUGGAGUUAAUGGCCCUGUAUGUAGCUGCUGCCAUGCAUGACUAUGACCAUCCGGGAAGAACCAACGCAUUUUUAGUAGCUACCAGUGCACCACAGGCUCUUCUGUACAAUGAUCGUUCAGUCUUGGAAAAUCACCAUGCAGCUUCGGCAUGGAACCUCUUCAUGUCUCAACCUGAGUAUAACUUCCUGUCUAAUCUUGAACAUGUGGAGUUCAAGCGCUUUCGCUUCCUAGUCAUUGAAGCCAUCCUGGCCACUGACCUCAAAAAGCACUUUGACUUCCUUGCAGAGUUUAAUGCAAAGGUGGGUGAUGACGGGGUGUCUGGUAUUGAUUGGACCAACGAAAACGAUCGAUUGCUGGUGUGUCAGAUGUGCAUCAAGCUGGCUGAUGUCAAUGGACCGCUGAAGUGUAAAGAGCUGCACCUGCAAUGGACAGAGGGGAUCGUCAACGAGUUCUACGAACAAGGCGACGAGGAAGCGAGUCUGGGCCUUCCAAUCAGCCCAUUCAUGGACCGGUCUGCCCCGCAGCUCGCUAAACUACAGGAGUCGUUCAUCACUCACAUAGUGGGACCUCUGUGCUCCUCCUACAACUCUGCUGCUCUUAUGCCAGGCUGCUGGGUUGACCUGCCUGAGGGAGAGGCGGAGUCAGAAGAGACAAAGGAGGGACGAGACACAGAGGAGGAAGACGAGGAUACAGCGGAUGAGGAAGUAUCAACAAGUUCUGACACAGCCCAGCGGCAACAAACCAAAAACGUGAGCAGGAGGAAAGUGUUCUGCCAGAUCACACAGCAUAUUCUAGAAAACCAUGAAAUGUGGAAAAGAAUAAUUGCCGCAGAAGCCCAGGAGGAGGCUCAGAAAGAGGACCCGAACUGCAUUAGCAGCCCCGCCGAUCCAAUCACAGCCAUUAACGAGGAAGAGGAGGAGCAAGCAAGCAAAGAGGAAGAGUCGACUGAUGGCCUUGAUGAAAGGGAAGAGGUGCCGGCUAUAGAGGAAGAAGAAAUCCUUCCACAAUCAGAGACUUCAGGGGAAAAUGAAGAGGAACCAGAGUGAUGUAAUGACCUUUGCCCUCCUCUUAAACCAGGAACAUUGUCUAAACAUGUUUGUUUCUUUCCUAACUAAACUCUUGAUAUGGUAGCCAGCACAUCACUUCGACACAACACUGUAGAAGAUGUUUUGGGUUAUAUGUGCCUAACGAAAACUGGGUGUGAGGACGGCGAUGAUGGAUGCCCACUUCAUCUGAGACAGAUGAGAUGAGCAAAUGAUGAAGUGACUGAGGAGUAGAACAUGAAGAAGAGAAUGAUUGGGACUGUACUCAUUUUUGCUGUAGCGUUUUUUUUAGCCUGGAUCUGCUCCCUUGCCCUCACCCGGGCUGCCCAACCUGCAUUACAGGCCAACCACGCUGAUUCACAGAUUCACUCCACCAGUGACUAACACACUGUCAUGACCCCUCCUCCACCUUUCCUCUUGCUCCCAUGCUACCAGCACACUGUGGAGCCAGUAGUUGAGGAUGUGCAACAAGCCCCUUUAUGCUUGAAGACAAUGUGAUGAAAGCCAGGGAAAAAGCUGUGUCCACUGAGGCUCAACAGGUGGAUUUUGGAGGGAGACGGGGAAAAAAAAGGGACAGUUGUAGUGCAUUGUGUAUUCAGACAUACACCCACACAGGCUACACACACACACAUACACACACACACACAGUGCUAGUUUAGAAACACGUUACAUACACAUAGGAAGUCUAACAAAGAACCCUGUUGCUCUAAAAGCUUUAUUCUCACUCAAGGAAAAACAUACAAAACAAGGCCACACAACUCAGGAACGCAGAAACCUGUAGAGAAAAAAAAUUCAAUAGGACCCGCAGUUUCCUCAUCCUUGCCACUGCAUCAAGAUUUUCUUUCUCAGCUGUCUUCAGCGUUAUUGAUUUACUGACGUCCACUGAAACAUGGUAAGGUAAUCGAUCACAGUAUACUGUAUUUCACAAUUCAAUUUAAUUUUGUGUGCUCUUUCAGUGUCAGCCUCCUUACACAACAGCACAACAGCAGAUAACUCUGAUAAUCACACUAAAACUAACCAGACACAAAACUAGCUUCGAAAGUGUGUUUUGCCACUUCCCAACUUGUUUUCUCUAGUGUAAUGUGCUCACUUAUGACAAGAAUUCUUUCUUCUUUGCAGAAUCAUUUAAAGCCUGGUAUGUAGGCCAAAUAUCUCAGAAAGUAAAGUAAUCCAGUAAGCCAUAGUGGCCCAAGCCAGAGCUGACUCACAGCUCUCAAAUCACCCAAGAGGAUUUACAUUAAUAAGAAAUUUAAAAAAAGCAACCUGUGGAGCCUUUUGCCAUCCAGGAGGCGCUGCGUACCCACAACAAACUAUCUGCAAGUCUCAAUCAGAUCCAAAUCAUUAAUUUAUUACUUUUUUGCACCAACAUGGAAAGAAAGUUAUGUGGAAAAAAUGAUAUAAACCAUUUCUGAGUAAUGGAAUCCAUGGACUUAAAAACAGAGAAAAAGACAUUCAGCUGCAUAAAUGUAUAAUGAUAUUAAUAUAUGAUGUUAAUAAUUUCUUAAGUAAAGUAAAAUUUUGGAAUAACGGAGUGCAAACCUCAUAGUCGCAAAUGCUGCUGGGGUUGGGUAUCAUUUGAAUUUAUCAACUCCACCUAUCAAUUCCAAAAUGGUUAAAAAAAAAAAACAUCCACAAAGUAAAUAGUAUUUACUAAACACUAAUCCAUUACACCGUCCAUCUUUCACACCGUUGUGAUGUGAGCCAUGCAUGCUAGCUCAUAUCUAAAGAGAUGGACAAACUGUUACUCUAGCAGACAGCUGCGUAUGUCCUUGCAAUUAUGUAGCCUUUGUUUGCAAUAAUAAAGUGUUAUUGCAUUCAAGAACCUAAAAGCAGAACCAAAAUUCUAUAGUUUUUGGGGCAUUCUUGGCAUCUUGGAUUCAGAUCUAAUUUAGAACCAAAUUUUGGUUCCCAACCGUAAAUGCUGCUGUCUGGAAUCUUCUGUGACAGGGAUUUUUUUUUUAUCUACAGGCAAGGAAAUCAAAAUAUUUUGUAUAUGUAGUCAUUCCUCAAUAAGAGCAAAUAAAAAAGAGAUGUUUGAAUUUUACACAACGCAAAUGAGAAAAGAAAAGAAAGAAAAAUGUGCUUUGACAAAACCUGUCAUGGACAAUGACGUCUGCGUUCUCUAUAGUUUUCUUUUUAAAGCAGCAUACUGUUGCCAACGUGCAAUAGUAAGAGGAAGUUCCACUGAAAUCUGAUAGAUCAUCAGGCCUCUGGAUUUUUUUUCUCCAUUUGUACUCGUUACUGAUAACAUAGCUUAACAGGUCAUGUCUGUGCUCUCCUUUGAUGUCCUCAGAGAUUCAGAUUGGCGAUGAGUAUGAAGGUGAUGUUAACACGGAGAGCAGCCUUAGUAAUGAGACUUAGUAAUGAAAAUGGAAGGAGGAGAGGGAGAAGUUGACUUGUAGGUGCUUGUGAAGGGCCAGACUCAGAUGUUUUUCACAUUUAAGUAGAUUCCUCUGGAUGUAACCCUUUGAAGAUGAGCCAGUUUAGUCAGAUUCAACAUCGUGUGAUAAUCUAUAUCUCCAAAGUCUGGAAAAUAUAUUACAGGGAUACAUGGUACAGUGCAUCAGAAAAGCAAUUGGGACCCAAAUCCAGAGAAUAAGGAUGCUUUUUCUUAAUUUACCAAUCUGUAACAAGUGUGUCAAAAUUAAAAAGGGAACAGUGGUCCAUUUUAAUACAAUUGAAAGACAUUCUUGGAUUUUAACAGCAGCUGCCUGAAACUUAAGGCUGGCGAGGUGGGGAUAAACCAGAGUAUAGAGUGUGAUUAUAGCUAGUGCCGCUGGUGGUGUCAGAGGCAUUGUGCUGUAAUUUGCCUUUAGCUCGAUUGCAGGUAUAGACAAUAUAUUACAGUUGAAAAAUUCCAUAGUGAUUAGCCAAGGUGCACAUGAGCAAAACUGGGAUUUGUGAAGUCUCUGGUGGCCGAUCACUCCGAUCACUUCUGAAGAAAAAAACUUUACACUUUAGGAGAAACUAAGCAAUCUAUUUAACAGCCUUGUUUGCAGACACUGUCUGCGUUUUUAUUGGCUUAACUUGCCCUCCUGUGACCCGAUGUCUUAACUCAAUUAGAGUUUUGCUAAUGGUAAUGCUGUCUAAAUCCUCAGCUGUAUCCAUUGCACUAUUGUCAAAACACCCAUUGUGCAAGGGAGAGCUAAACUGUGCAACGUAAUUCCCUUAACUGCUUGCCCCUUGUACUUACAAAAGGGUGCAGUGGUUGAGCUUGUAUAAAUAAGAAAGCCUGUGCUAACCAAAGCCUGAGCUUAUUGUUCGUUUUUUAGUUGAGAGGAACGCCAAGGUAAGUUUAUUUGUAAGCACCAUUCAACACAAGUGCUUUUACGUAAGACAUAAAAGACAUCAGGAAAAAAAAACAAAACAAGGCAAUAUAACAUAUUUACAUAUGAUUUAAAAGACUAAAAUUAAAUAGAAGAUAAAAUAAAUAAAAUGAAAGUAGCAAACAGAAAAGUCUUCAGCCCUGAUUUCAAAUAACCACAAUUGGAGCAGUUUCUAUUACUUUUUUUCUAGAUAUGUGGUGCAUAAAAACUGAAUGCUGCUUCUUGAAAUUUAUUUUUAACUCUGGAAACUGUAUGCAGACCUGUCCUAGACCAUCUAGACAUGUCUGAAUGGUUCAUAAUGACGCAGAUGAUCAGAAGUUUAUUUGGCCAUGAAACAUGCUGUGCUUUGUAAACAGUAGUAUUUUAAAGUCAAUUCUUUUACAUACUGAAAGCCAGUGCAAAAGUCUUCGCACUAAACUGAUGUGAUCUCUCCUGGUCUGGCUGAAGGCUUAGCAUUGACUUUUCAAGAGACCUUUAGUGACAAUGUCAGAGUAGUCAAGCCAACUGAAGACAGACCUCUUUCCAAAUCCUGCUGAGACACGCAUAGUUAAAUUCAUGAUGUAUCCUAGUUCCCCUAAUGUGGAACGCCCAGAUUUCUGGAUUUGUUUGUGGUUUCAGGAAUUUUACAGUAACUACCGGUACUUCAGAUAUUCAAAGAAUGAGCUUGUAUUCUGAAAACUCAGUUGGAUUUCUCUUAACAAACGGUAAAUGAAUUAAUUUAAGGUAAAAUUAUAUCCAGUGUUGAUGUGAAUGAGACAUGAAGCCGAAACAGAAAAAAAGGAAAAGGGAUAUCGGACCCCUGAAACAAUGUGUGUCUAAAGCUGGUCGAAAUGAGUUUUGGAUGCAGGAAAAAUGAUUACCUCACAAUUUUUUUUGAGAAACAAUCAUGUCUAUCUCAUAUUGUUGAACCUGUUCUCUUUCCCCUCGUAAAACAGUUAGUCAUGUAACUUGAGGAGGGAAACACUUGGCCUAAUUUUCGCACCCAUGUGUAACUUGAUAUAUCAUGUAGAACAGUCUUACAAUAGUGUGUGAUUUUCUUAGUAUUUAUGGGCUAUAGCUAACCUGUCACCCAGAAAGCAUAGUGUUAUCAUCAGCUGUUCCCCUGAUGAAAUGUUGUCUCAAGAUUAUGUGUUUUCUCUGCUGAUUAGAGGUAACACACAACAACUUUUCCAAACAACAGAACUGUUCCAGGAAUGGAUGGGAUUAAAUAGCAAAAGAGGGGAGAUUUCCUGUCACAAGUUCACAGUGUUUGCAAAAGCCCCCUAGAUACUCUGCGCAGCACCUAUGAAUGGCUCCUAAUUCUCAACUCUGAUAUUUUUCAUAUACUCAUGGUGUCAUCACCACUAGAAUUGCAACUGUAGGAAGUAUCACCCCAUCAUUAUCCUCAGUUAUAUUUUAAAACACUACGAAUUACUUUCAGCUACAAGACAAGCUAGAAGUUAGUACAGAAGAUCAGAAAGUCUUUUCUGUGGAGACGAUACAAUGUCUAGUCCAGUUGCAUUGAUGUAAAGUAGACCCCUCAGGAAGUGCGCCAGACUUUAACAGCAAUUUUCAUAGUGGAUAAUAAGUGGAAUUACAACUUCCGAGUCUGUCAUGUGAUGCCAUUUGGCCCAAAAAGACUUUUUCCCAUAGACCUACAUUUGUAAAGAGACAUCUGUUGAUCAGAGGAUUCAUUUUUUGGAAUGUCACAACCCUUGAAAAAUGACUAAUUUCACUACUGAGAUUUAAUCCAUCCAGUAUGAUAACAUUUGUGAUGUAAGCGAUGCUAGAUUAAAUCAUUCUAGCCCCAUUCAAAUUAGCAGAGCGCUAAACCAGGUGUAGCCACCUUGCCUGGUGAAAGUCUCAAAUGCACCUGCACUAGUGGCCCAAUGAGGCAGAAGCAAUGAGAACCUUUAAGGUAAACUUUUACUUGGAAGUUUACCAUUUUUGCUUUCGUCCACCACUGAGCAACGUCCAGUUUAAUCCAUUUCUCUUCUACAUCAAUGGUUUAAGCUGUCUGAACUGGGCAUUACUGCCCAAAAACAAAUAGCAGCAGCGUAUUUGUAUUGUAUGCAGCAAGACAUGGUUUGAUUUAUCCCUCUCCUGGACUAAAUGUCUUCCAGUAGCCUCUCCUUGCAGUGUACCUGUAGCAGUGAUCUGUAAACACCAGCAGAGAAGCGACUGAUCUACAAAUCUGUGAAUUAAGUAUCCACUCUUUUGGUUAAGCAUUUUUGAAGCUCUGUACAGCAAAGCUUAGCUUUCAACCCUGUUAUUCUAAAAAUAACCAAGACUAUAAAAAAGCUCAGCAAGCCUCCAGUAAACAACAGGCACUCGAGCACACAUGAAUGAGCUUGAGCUCCAUGCACUGUAAAUACCUGAAGCACCAUCCAGUAUAUCGAUGCCUCUAUUGCAGUGUAAUGUGCAUUGCAAUGGAUUUUUUUUCUCAUACACCGUCCUCAUACUUGUACCAUACUAUGCUCCAUCUCUGUUUGGGAAAUUGUAGACUUUCUCAUACUCCCUUCACUUUAUUUCUUUGUAUUCUAUGUGAUCCGAGAAUUCAAAGCUCACAAGGGAUCCAGUUCAGUCAAAAUAGACGCUUCCCUUCUCUGAUCUCCCCUUCCAGCCCUGGCUCGCAUACUGUGUACACUACAGUGCAACAAUCAAAGAGACUUAAUCAAAGCUGUGAUAUAAUUAGGGGUUGCUAUUUUUGUUGUGAACAAUCCAAAGCUGUUUGUAGCCAUUUAGGGGGGUUUGUGAGACAUACAGUAAGGGAGUAGUCAACUGGUUGUUUCCUUCAGUCCUCUAAGAGCAGGUUUAAAUUCUUUUUGCAAUGGAAUGAAAGGAGCAUACCAGUGCUUUUGCAUAUUUUUUUUAUUUUUUUUGCUUCUUUACUACAAAUCAUGGUUUUCAUUAAUAUAGUAUAAAUAUCUAUUAGCACACUCCAUCACAGUUAACACUUGUCUGCAUUAAUUUGCAUUGUUAUGCAGUUCGAGUGUAGAUUAAUUUAAGAACUCUACACUACAUCACUAGUGUCAAGUGUGCUUAUAGAUUUUCAUGUUGUAGAAAAAUGAAGGAACCAAUGGCUGCCUGGAAAAGCUGAUUGAAUACAUCCAAAACUUGUGAAAAAGCAGUAUUGUUUGCAAUACUUGUAAUGUAAACUAUAGGUGGAUUACUGUAGUAAAAAGGACCUAAAACAUAUAGGACCACUGGUAUCGAUCCAAUUUACAGUGACUUAACACCAGUCUGAAAAGCAGUGUUUGGCUGUGUUUCACCACUGACCACACGCAGCAUCACUGUCAUGUUGUGGUCAGAUGUUUUCUUUGUUGCACCUGUAAACACCCAACAGUGAUGUCAUGCUAUACUGGUGUAUACUUGUAGCUGUUUUCUAUACACUUGAGCUUGACUUGGUUUGACUCAGUGCGUCAGCAUAGUGCUGCAGGGAUUAGCAUCUUCUUACAACAGACUGACCUGCUUGAAGGUGUCUUAAAAUGAUGACAGCUUGUGCUUGUAAACCAACUGUAACGCUGCUCUGCUGGUGUUACUUUAGAUAAAACCUUUUUGUAUAGUAUUUUAAUUUUGUCUUUGUACUGCAAGAACAUACACCGGAUUUUGCUCCAAACAGCAAGCAUGGCUUGUGUUUCAUCUGCAAACCAAGUACUCGCCGUUCCAUGGGGGAGGAUGGAUUUGAUUUUCCCCAGCCAAUCACUAAAGACCCAUGUAUCUGGCUGAGUCAUGUAAUUUUAAGUCCACAGUGAUCCGUAGCCAUGCCAACAUACCUGUUUUGCAGGGGUUUAAAGAAUGGAACAGAGAGGGAUAAAACAAAGUACAAUGUUGGUCGAUAUUAAGGGAACUUGAACUUGGAACCAUAGUGUUUGCAAUUGUCAUUUUAAUUCCUCAUUUGUUCUCAGGCAUUGCUUGACAAUGCUUGACAACAGCGUGACAGAGGCAUUAGUCCCGCCAAUGGAGCUGAUUGGCUAAUUGAGUCCUCCCGCAGCACUCAUUGGUAGUUUUUUUAUUUAACUGACAAACCGCUGUGUCGUAACGCCAGACAAAUCAGUCAACUCCAACUUGGCAAUCAAAGGUACGACAAGUACAUCAUUGCAACAAGGUGAAUAGCUUGAACCACUGGAGGUCAGCAAAAGCAAGAUUUUCAGAGGGUGUUAAGUUGCUCUUUAAGUUAAUUAGAUUCCCCUCCUUUUGGUCCAAAGUAAUAAAAUAACUACCUGUUGGCUCCGUUCAUCCUUAAGAUAUUAGAUUAAAGAUUCUUGGUCGCUAAGGCAGAAAGCAUAUGUUCUGUUUUGUUUUGGUCGAAACACGUUUGGUCAUUUUGGUUGGAAUCAUCCUGGCCCAGUGGUGUGUAACAGGCAAAUUCAUUAAUACAACAUUUUUGUGUAAAACCUGGGCCACUUAACCAACUUAAAUACAGGGUCUACAACUAAAUGAUCUCCAAUCAUCAUAGCCAGUAAGUAAUUUCUUUUUAAUGAUGAUGCGAAGAAGGGGAUCGCUGCACACCGGAUUAACUUGUGCAAACCAAAGAAACUUUUUGAACUCUAUUUUUUGUGAUUUGAGCAAAAUGAGCCCUAAAAGUAGCAUGUUUCUUGGAACGUUUUAUUUGUCAGUGUUAUCCAGAACCUUGCGGAGGAUGUCUGGUUCUCAUGUGAAGACAGGACAGAUUAAAGCAACAUAAGAACUGUCCUGGCAUUCAUAAAACAGACAGUAGCUCAUGGCGUUGUCCACAUGUCUGUACUGUCUGUUGUUAUGUCACUGCCGAGUCAACAGGCAUCAGUAGCACUACAGUGGAGCCGACCAACUGUUCUGUUCUCAGACUGAAACCCUUGUAGUUUCUUUUGAUGAUUUGAAACAGAAAGAAUCCUUUUUGUAUUGUUUGUUGUUUCAGCCAUUUUGAAAGGGGGCUCUGCUCCUGUGCCAUACCAUUUUCACAUAUAUGAACAUUGUUUGAAUGCUGCAUUCAUCAGCUUUCCUUGUUUGUCUCAAAGGAAACCAAAACAAACAUUUUUUUUCACCACCUUUAAGGCUGGACAAAGACUGGUAUACAUUUUUAUUUUCCAUAGCAGACACUUCACAGACUCUGUUCUUCUCUCCAGUAUCUUGCACUUAACACAUGUAGCAAUACCUACAGGAUGGGGAAAUUGUGUGAUUCACCAGUAUUUGUUUAAGUGAAAUAUGACAUUUUAUUUCUAGAUAUUGUUUGACUUUGUAUAAAAAAUAUAUACUGUACAGAUUCAAAAGUAUAUUAUAACAAAAAACUUUUAGAAAAAAUAUUUAUUUUUACUGUUUUGUAAUUUAGACACAAUACUGUAGCUCCUCUAUUGCCAGACUUACUGGAAGUGCCUCUCGAUAAUGUAUUACAAAGUAACUAUACAAUAUAUUGGGAUUAUUAGAACCUGUCACUAGCAGAGCAGUGUUGAUGUUGUAAUGUGAAUAUUGUUGAAUAAUAAGAUUUAUAAAUGCUG